AUGGCUUCCUUCGCCCAAGCGACCGACCUUAAUGCCUGGAAGGCACUGGUCGAGCACCACGACAAGGUCGGCCGCAACAUUGUCCUCCGAGAUGCAUUCGAGCAAGACCCAUCCCGAUUUGAGAAGUACACAAAGACCUUCAAGAACGUCGAUGGCUCCGAGGUUCUGUUUGACUUCUCUAAGAACUUUCUUGCCCAGGACACACUUCCAUUACUGGUCAACUUGGCCAAGGAAGCCGGUCUCGAGGCCAAGCGAGAUGCCAUGUUCGCUGGAGAGAAGAUCAACUUCACAGAGAAGCGUGCUGUCUAUCACGUUGCGCUCCGCAAUACCAGCAACCAGCCCAUGGCUGUUGAUGGAAAGAGCGUCGUUGAGGAGACCAACUCGGUGCUCGAUCACAUGAAGGAGUUCUCAGAGCAGAUCCGCUCCGGUGAGUGGAAGGGCUAUACUGGCAAGAAGCUUACUACCAUUAUCAACAUCGGUAUCGGUGGUUCAGAUCUCGGCCCAGUCAUGGUCACAGAAGCUCUGAAGGCAUACGGAGAUCGGGACAUGACUCUACACUUUGUCUCGAACAUCGACGGCACGCACAUUGCUGAGGCACUCAAGAACUCAGAUCCCGAGACGACCCUCUUCCUCAUCGCCUCCAAGACAUUCACAACAGCUGAGACGAAGGCCAAGGAGGCAGAUAUCGCCAAACACUUCGUUGCUUUGUCAACCAAUGCUGAGGAGGUCGAAAAGUUCGGUAUCGACACCAAGAACAUGUUCGGCUUUUCAGACUGGGUUGGAGGACGCUACUCGGUCUGGUCAGCCAUCGGUCUGUCAGUUGCAGUCUUUAUUGGCUUCGACAACUUUCACGCAUUCCUGUCUGGUGCCCACGCUAUGGACCAGCACUUCCUGAAGACGCCCCUCGAGGAGAACAUUCCGGUCAUUGCUGGUCUGCUUUCAGUCUGGUAUUCGGACUUCUUCGGUGCUCAGACUCACCUGAUCGCUCCCUUCGACCAGUACUUGCACCGAUUCCCAGCUUACCUGCAGCAACUCACCAUGGAAUCGAAUGGAAAGGCUGUAACCAAGUCUGGUGACUAUGUCAAGUACACCACAGGUGCCAUCUUCUUCGGCGAGCCUGCCACAAAUGCUCAGCACUCAUUCUUCCAACUUCUUCACCAGGGUACCAAAUUGAUCCCAGCAGACUUCAUCAUUGCCGCCGAGUCACAGAAUCCAGUCGAGGGCAACAAGCAUCAGCGUAUGCUGGCAUCCAACUUCCUGGCUCAGGCAGAGGCCCUGGCCAUCGGCAAGACCUCAGAAGAAGUCAAGGCAGAGGGUGCGCCAGAUGAGCUGGUCGCGCACAAGACUUUCCUUGGCAAUCGCCCAACCACUGCUAUCAUCGCCCAGAAGAUCAAUCCGGCGACGCUAGGUGCGCUCAUCGUGUACUACGAGCAUAUGGUCUUCACUGAGGGUGCGGUCUGGAACAUCAACAGUUUCGACCAGUGGGGCGUGGAGCUCGGCAAGGCGUUGGCUAAGAAGAUCCAGAAGGAGCUAGAGACCGAGGGUGCUGGUGAUGGACAUGAUGCGAGCACGAGUGGGCUGAUCAAGGCUUUCAAGACGAAGGCUGGGAUUAAGUGA